AUGGAAGUGAGAGUUUGCUCGGAGCCAAUCAGCAGCAGAAGCAGCAGCAGCAGCAGCAGCAGCAGCAGCAGCAGCGGCAGCAGCGGCGGCAGCAGCGCGAUAGUAGUACCGAGUCGCUAUUCUGAAUUCGAAACGGCGGACGAGAAGCGCAAGCCGCUUGGAGGGUGCGGGAUUGGAGGUGGCGGCAAACCGUACCGGAAGCUGUGGGAGUGGGUGGACGGUAGCGACGGGAUAAGGGUGGCGGCGGCGGCGGCGGCGACGGCGGCGGCGGCGGCGGCGGUGCGGAAAGGGGUACAGGAGGGUAAGCGCAAAAAAUUGCCGGCGGCAGCGGCGGCGGCGGCGAGGACGGAGGGCCGAGGGACGGGCAAGAAGGCGGCGGCGGCGGCGGCUGCGGUGAACGGGAAAGGAAAGCGGAAAUCGGAAGCGGAAGAAGAAAGGGGUCGUCCAUCGGUAGGAGGGCCCCACAGAUGCGGGGCCCGCAGGGGCCAGUCCGCGGCGGCGUGA